AUGGAUCUCUCGAAUUUCCUUGUACCAAACAUUCCGCCAACCAUCUACUACAUUCCAAACUUUAUAACGGCCGAAGAAGAAGGUCUCAUCCUAAAAAACGUUUACUCGGUCCCGAAACCUAAAUGGACGUGUCUCUCCAACCGCAGACUGCAAGACUACGGCGGCGUCCCCCACGAAAAAGGCAUGAUCCCCGAAAAAAUUCCCUUGUGGCUGCAACAGUAUGUAGACAAAAUUUCUAGUCUUAAUAUUUUUGAAGACAAAAAACCCAAUCAUGUACUUGUAAAUGAAUAUUUACCCGGCCAAGGGAUUAUGCCCCACUCAGAUGGACCACUGUUUUAUCCAACUGUAACGACCAUAAGCUGUGGAUCCCAUGCUGUACUUGAAUUUAGUGAAAAUACUGAAAAACGGGAUAAAAUUUGUGAUUUAUUGUUAGAACAACGUAGCUUAAUUAUUGUUAAGGAUGACAUGUAUAAAACAUAUUUACAUUCCAUUAGUGAAGUUGCUUUAGAUGAUGUAUCCGGCUGUGCUAAUCUAGAUAAUUGUAUGACGAGUUAUUCGUUGAAUGAGAAAUUGAAGAGAGGUACUAGAGUCUCUUUAACUAUUCGCAAUGUACCAAAGGUAUUGAAAAUAAAACUAUUUUAG